AGGUUAGAGUGUGCAGCGAGCAGACAUCUAUCCUGACAUGUGAACUUGAAUUUCAUCAGAUCAAUUUUAUUUCUUGCUUUGUCGGCCUCUACAGUGUUGAGUUGUGACAACCAAUUUCCGCACAGCUAUAUUGUCCCAGUUUUAAUCACUCCUUGUCAUUGAAUGUGGUCUUUGGUCUAUCUUGUUAAAAUCAAUUCAGUACUAAUCUAACCUAUAGAGCCACGGUAUCGUCCGUAACAGAAGCUAUCCGAAGUAGGUUGUGAACAGUUACAAAAUGAAUAGCGUUGGGUCAAAUUGUAAUGAGCUGAAACAGGAGUAUGAUGCUUGUUUCAAUGUCUGGUUUGGAACACAGUUUCUAAAAGGAAACAACAAUGAAUCAAUGUGUGCUCCAAUUCUAAAACUAUACACAGAAUGUGUGAAGGAAGCUAUUAAAGAACUUAAGAUCGACUUAAAAGAAAUUGAAAGGAAUGUUCUCCACACUGAGGAGGAAAAGAAAAAGCCUGGAGAAAGUUGAUUUUUCUUUUUUCUAUUAUCAAUGAAUGAACAUGUGCUGCUUACAUUCCCAAGUUCAAUAUGGUCAAUAUUUUUGAUGAUUUAUGAACUAUUUUAAUGACCUCGACAGAUUCAGUGGAUGUAGUAGUGGUUCGUUACACAUGUUAUGCAAAAUAGCUUUCAAGUUGCUAUUAGGUGUGCAUUUUCUGUUAUUUUGUCCAUCUAAUUGGGAUCAGAAGCUGUUUUUGUGUCCGUUUUAGAUUCUUACCAGAUGGUUUAAUUUCAAUCUUGUAUGGAAGUAUCUGUAAAGCAUCCUGUGAUACUCGGAGUUUUGUGUAUUUCUGUUUGUGUUUCCAUUGGCUUUAUAAAUUUUGUAUGGAUUUACGCGACUUACAUACAGAAUACACUCACAUUAGCAGAAAA